AUGUUCUUCUUUGACUUUAGUCACUGGUGUGAGCACAGAGUGGAAGAUAAACUAGAGAAGAUCAUCUCCCCUCGCCUGCAGCUUGAAGUGUCAUGCUCAGAGGUGUAUCGGUUCAACACUCAAGGCUGGAGGCUGGAUGUUGACAGGAUGCGCAACACACACGGGGGAGAUGAUGGCAUUGCACUGUAUUACAAAAAACAAGGACCCAAUGCUUCCUGCUUUCUAUUUAAAGCUGCAAAUAUUGUGACUGAACAAGUAAACAGAACAAUAAGGGCCUGCUGCGAAGGCUGGUCUGGUCCUCACUGCUCACAGGGAGUGAGUAUUCGGGGUCUGUGCUUCUCUACGUGGAGCUGUGAAGAAUUUCCCGGGGUUCAGAACUCCUCGCUUAUGUCUCUUGAGCAAUGCUGUGGGAGUCUAUGGGGCCUUAGUUGGAAAAACGCCUCUGAUCAGACAUGCUUGUCCUGUUCCUAUACCCUCAUGCCAGAUGCUCAGCCACUACCCCUUUUUCACAGGGGUCUAAUUGGAGGCAUUCUCGAUCCCAAAGCUUCUGCCACUUGCAUGAGCUGGGGUGGGGCACAUUAUCGUUCCUUCGACCGGAAGCACUUCCAUUUCAAUGGUGGUUGCACCUAUGUGCUGGCUGCAUCCACUGAUGGGACAUGGGCUGUAUACAUUAGCACUGUGUGUGACGACAGAGGACAUUGCAGCAAGGCAUUGAAGAUGAUGUUGGGACUCGACCUUGUGUCUGUGCAUAAGAACAACAUAUCACUCAACAGUGUCCUCUUACAGCAGGGUGCCUUCUUUCAAAACGGAGUGAGCAUUCACUGGCUGGGAGAUUUUGUAUUUGUUGAAAGUGGUUUGGGCAUCAGAGUAAAAUUUGAUAUGGGGAACACUGUGUAUCUGACUGUUACUGCGGAACACUUUUCUGCUACUACGGGCCUCUGCGGAUUAUAUAAUAACAAUGGAGAUGAUGACUUUACCAGUAGAAGCAGAAGUGUAUCUCAAUAUGCUGCCAGCUUUGGAAAUUCCUGGCGUGUUCCAAAUCAAGAUACAGAGGACUGUAGCGAUGCAGCAGAGCUGGGCCACAGCUGUGAUAUUAUGGGUGACAUCAGCUUGCGUAGAGCAGCAGAAUUAAUGUGUGAUCAGCUGAAGGAGAAUCCCUUCGCACACUGUCAUCAUCGAGUGGAUCCAGGUCCCUAUGUAGACACCUGUCUGUAUGUGUACUGCAGUUUGAGGGCUAAUGAGAGAAAGGCAGCUGUGUGUGAUACGUUUGCUAGCUAUGCCCGAGAGUGUGCUCAACAACAUGUCAUCCUCAGCUGGAGAGGCCCUGGUCUCUGUGAGCGAGUGUGUCCUGGGGGUCAGCUUUUCUCAGACUGCGUAUCUUCCUGUCCCCCCAGCUGCUCCUUGGCUCUCCCCCCAGCAUCAGGCCAGUGCCGGGAGGAGUGUGUUGGGGGUUGUGAGUGUCCUCCUGGGCUCUAUCUGCAUGAUGGCCAAUGCUUACGACGCGAACAAUGCCCGUGCUUCCAUAGGCGACGCAUAUACCAGGAAGGAGACACUAUAAAACAUAGGUGUAACAUGUGUGUGUGUCAGUCAGGCCAGUGGCAAUGCUCUGCAGAAAGGUGUGCAGCUCAAUGCAGUAUUAUUGGGGCAAUGCAAAUCACUACUUUUGAUAAGAAGAGAUAUAACCUCCAAGCUGGUGACUGUCAGCUAACAGCCAUUGAGGAUUUUGUGGACAAGAAGCUUUCAAUGACCAUCAAAGUCGGCAAGUGUGUAAAAAGAAGUGGCAUACGCUGCCCGUUGGAGGCAACCAUCACUGCCCUUCAUACCACAGUGACCCUCACUAGCACAGGGUCUGUGAUGCUAAAUGGACAGCUAGAGGCUUUGCCAGUGUUAACAGCUGAUAUGGCAGUGCGGAGAUCAUCCUCCAGCUUCAUCAUUAUCCAUGUGUUUGGGGCUCAGCUGCUAUGGAACACUGAAAGCCCUCUGAUCCUCAUCACUCUGCAGCCGAGCUUUGCUCAUAAGGUAAGAGGCCUGUGUGGGACACUGACAUGGAAUCAACACGAUGACUUCACCACACCAGAGGGGGACAUUGAGAACAGUGUGACCUCCUUUGUCGCAAAGUUUAGUCUUGGGUCAUGCAAGUUUCCCUCAGCAGUGACAUCAGACACCUGUAACACCUACAACCAGCUCAGAGAAUAUGCAGAGAGUAUCUGUGCUGUUAUCCACAGUCCUGUGUUUCAGCGCUGUCAUGAUGUGGUGGAGAGGGAGCCGUACAUGCGCCAGUGUUUGAGCGAGGUGUGUAGCUGUGCUCCAUACACACAGUGUCAGUGUACUGUCCUCACUGCCUAUGCCCAACAUUGCGCACAGGAAGGGGUGAUAGUGAUCUGGAGGAACCACACAUUCUGCCCAAUGAAGUGUUCUGGGGGGCAAGUAUAUCAAGAAUGUGGCCAGCCAUGUGGAGGUUAUUGUACUGACUUACAGCAGAACUGGAGCUGCCAAGUAGAUUCAGGUGCUCGGAGCUGUGUACCAGGAUGCCAGUGUCCUGCAGGUCUGGCACAGGAUGACCAGGGACAGUGUGUGCCGGUCAGCAUGUGCCCAUGUGUUCAUGAUGGAGUUGUCCUCCGCCCAGGAAGCUCUGUGCAGAUCAACUGUAAUACCUGUAUAUGUGGACACGGUGUGUGGAACUGUACUGAUUAUACCUGCCCUGAGGUUACAGAGUGUCCAGGAUCUCUGGUCUUCUCUCCUCGAUCUUGUCUUAGGACUUGCUCUAAUCUCGACAAGUUGUCUUGCACAGAGCCCAUCUAUGGCUGCGUCUGUCCUGAGGGAACUGUGCUCUCGGGUGACCAGUGCGUGUCUCCAGACGAAUGUCCAUGUCACCAUAAUGGCCGGCUCUUCUUCACAAAUGAUACCAUUUCUAAAGACUGCAACACAUGUGUAUGUAAGCAGCGUCGAUGGCACUGCACCCAGUCAUUAUGUGCUGGAACAUGUGUAGCUACCGGUGACCCCCAUUAUAUUACCUUUGAUGGACGGUGUUUCUCCUUCCUGGGAGACUGUGAGUACAUGCUGGUGCAAGAGAGUGAAGGUCUGUUCAGCGUUACUGCAGAAAACGUACCCUGCGGCAGCACUGGGGUCACCUGCACCAAAUCUGUCACACUGAGCAUCGGCAACACCGCCAUUCACCUGCUCAGGGGAAAGGCUGUGACAGUGAAUGGCAUGCCUGUGACUCUCCCGAAGUCUUACUCAGGAAGUGGCUUAGUGCUGGAGAAUAUUGGUCUGUUUGUGUCUCUCUCUUCUCGACUUGGCAUCACACUUCUUUGGGAUGGAGGCAUGCGUGUGUAUGUGCGGUUGGAACCCCACUUGCAAGGCCGAGUUGGGGGUUUGUGCGGGAACUUUGAUGGAGACACUGAGAAUGAUUUUACCACAAGGCAAGGAAUAGUUGAGUCUACACCAGAGCUGUUUGGCAAUUCCUGGAAGGUGAGCCCAUCUUGCCCUGAUGUCUCUGAGCAAGACCUGCGUGACCCCUGCAACAUUAAUCCACACAGAGUAAGCUGGGCAAAGAAGAAGUGUUCAGUAAUUACCCAAGAGCUAUUUGCUUCAUGUCAUAAUGAAGUGCCAUACCAGCAGUACUAUGAUUGGUGUGUCUUUGAUGCCUGUGGGUGUGAUUCUGGAGGAGACUGCGAGUGUCUUUGCACAGCCGUUGCUGUCUACGCUGAGGAGUGCAAUCGUAGAGGAGUCUACAUUCGCUGGAGAUCUCAAGAGCUUUGCCCUAUGCAAUGUGAGGAUGGUUUGGUUUACAAUGCCUGUGGUUCUGCUUGCACUGCUGUCUGUCCUGGCACCUCUUCUCAUGCUGACUCUCAUUGCAGCAGCCUAUCCUGUGUCGAGGGCUGCUUCUGCCCUCAGGGCACGGUCCGUCACGGAGAUGGGUGUAUUUCUCCCUCCGAAUGCCCGUGUGAGUGGGAUGGCUCAUUCUUUCCUCCUGGAGCUGUUGUUACUCAGUACUGUCAGAACUGCUCCUGUUCCAACAGCACCUGGCACUGCACUGGCCCUGCAUGUCCUCCCACUGCUCCAUGUCUGGAUUCAGAGUUCCAAUGUAGUGAAUCUCAUCGCUGUAUUCCUUCUCUUUGGCUCUGUGAUAAUGAGGAUGACUGUGGAGAUGGAUCAGAUGAGCUCUGUCCCACUACCUGCCCUCCUGAGCAGUUCCGCUGCUCUGGAGGAGCCUGUUUACCUCUGCAGCUGCGCUGUAAUGGCCAUCCUGACUGUGCUGAUCAGUCUGAUGAGGAGUUCUGUGCUCCUGUUACAGCAAUCCCAGGUUGCGUGUCUGGGGAGUUCCAGUGCGCCAAUGGACGCUGUCUGCCUGCCUCUAAAAUGUGUGAUGGAAGACUGGAUUGUGGGUUUGCUGAUGACUCUGAUGAACAAGGCUGUGGAGUGGUGUGUGCUGAGCAGGAGUUCCGCUGUUCAGUCGGACCCUGCAUUCUCUAUCUGCAUCGCUGUGAUGGUCAUGAUGACUGUGGAGACUUUAGCGAUGAGCGUGGGUGUGUUUGUGCUCCGGGAGAGUUCCAAUGUCCUGGUGAUCGGUGUGUACCUGCGGAAAGAGUGUGUGAUGGCCGUAAGGACUGCCCGUCUGGCAUUGACGAAGUUAUAUGUCCUUUUAAAGACUGUAAUCAGCAUGAGUUCGGGUGUAAGAAUGGUCAGUGUGUGCCUCUGGCUUGGCGGUGUGAUGGUGAAACAGACUGUCAGGAUGGAAGCGAUGAACAGCAGUGUGCCCGUGUUUGUGGACCUGACCAGAUUUUAUGUCAGAGUGGAGACCAGUGUGUCCAGCAUGUGCAUCUGUGUGAUGGGACGCCACACUGCCGGGAUGCUUCUGAUGAAAGCGUGGACAAUUGUGGUUCCACACGAAUACCACCCUGUCCUGGCAGCUUCUCAUGUGAUAAUAGAACGUGUGUAAACAUGUCACGUGUGUGUGAUGGAAUUUCUGACUGUCCCAGAGGAGAGGACGAAUUGCUGUGCGAAAAGCCUAGUAUUUCUCCACUGCCCCCUGGUGACAGGAACAUUACUGAUGCCUGUCCUGAAUUUACCUGUUCUGAUGGAUCCUGUGUCCCUUUUAAAUCAGUAUGUAACGAAGUAGCUGACUGUCCUACUGCUGGAAGCCCCACAGAUGAACAGAAUUGUCGCAGUUGGGGCCCAUGGGGACCGUGGAGUCCCUGCAGCCGCUCUUGUGGCUCUGGGAUUAUGAGCAGAUACAGACACUGCCCUAGUGGGGACAUGCUAACACACUGCAGGGGAGAUGAUACACAAAGUCAGCAGUGCUACUCCUCAGCAUGUCCUGUUGAUGGACAUUGGUCAGCUUGGACGAUGUGGUCCAACUGCUCUAAAGGUUGCGGCGGAUUGGAGAUUCGCAAGAGAGUGUGUGUUCCACCACAGAACGGAGGUCGAGCAUGCACUGGGCUGCCAGGAGACACCGAGAUAAGGCCAUGUGCUCAGGAUGCCUGUGCUAAUGUUUCCUGUCCGGCUGGUCUGGUUUCACACAGUUGUGCUCCUUGUCCUUUGACUUGUGCUCAUAUAGCAAGUGCUGCAUCCUGUGAUCCCAGUGCUGAGUGUUUCACAGGGUGCUGGUGCCCCGAAGGGAAAGUGAUGAACCACUUGCAGCAGUGUGUGCUCCCAGAAGAGUGUGUGUGUGAAGUGUCAGGAGUACGAUAUUGGCCAGGCCAGCAGGUUAAAAUAGGAUGUGAGAUUUGUAGAUGUGAGAGAGGAAUACCACGGCACUGUCAAGCCAACCCAGAAUGUUUAGUUCAUUGUGGUUGGUCAUCCUGGUCUUCAUGGGGCGAGUGUUUGGGUCCUUGUGGUGUACAGAGUGUCCAGUGGUCUUUUCGAAGUCCAAAUAAUCCUUCUAAACACGGCAAUGGCAGACAGUGCCGUGGCAUUUACCGGAAAGCCAGACGCUGUCAGACAGAGCCGUGUGAAGAGUGUGAGUAUCAGGGACGCACACAUGCAGUGGGUGAUCGCUGGAAAGGAACUAAUUGCCAGCUUUGCCACUGUUUACCCAACCUUAAAGUGCAGUGUGCACCUUUCUGCCCGUACGCUACCACUGGAUGCCCACAGGGUCAGACUCUGAUACCAGGGGAAGGAAGCAGGUGCUGCUAUUGUGAUGCCGAGAACGUCAGUGUCAUCACACCAACACCAGCAGUUCUGCCGAUCACUGUUGAGUCUUCUGUAGCACCAGAGGUCACACCAUCGACGUUUCCUCUCCCACCUGGAGAUGACUGUUGGUCUCCGCUGGGAGUGCAGUUUCUACCUCCCUCCAGUUUCAGUGCCUCAUCACAGCAGCCUGGUCAUCCGGCCUCUGUAGGGCGCCUCCAUUUUCACGACCCUCACAAUGACCUGCAGGGUUGGAGCCCUGAACCUGAGGAGUACAGGGAGCUCCCUCCAUCUUCCCCUUUCAGCCAUACACACCACAGUCAGGCCCCUUACCUGCAGAUCGACCUGCUCAGACCAUACAACAUCACAGGAUUGCUUACUCAAGGUGGUGGACACUUCGACACAUUUGUGUCCAGUUUCUACCUGCAGUUUAGCACAAAUGGCAACCAGUGGUUCACUUACAAAGAGCUCAUCACAGAUGCACGCCCUAAAGCUAAGGUGUUCCUGGGUAACCAUGAUGAUCGGGGCGUUAUGGAGAACAGACUUGACAGGAUGGUGUUAGCUCGGUUUGUGCGAGUGUUACCUCAUGACUUCCAGAAUAGCAUUUAUCUACGAGUAGAGCUGAUGGGUUGUGGAGAUGGAACUCAGCCUUCUACUACCCCAAGCUCCAGAGGAUGUCGUAAAGGUCAGUUCUUAUGCCCUCCUCCAGGGGGUUGUAUUCAGGCUUCACAGCGAUGUGAUGGGUUUCCUCAGUGUCCGGAUGGAGCCGAUGAAAAAGACUGUGACUCUGAAGCGAAUCGUACCCAUGUCACCCCCACCCCUUCUCCACUCAGGACACCCAGUGUGGCUGCUGUCACUCCAGCAACUCCCACCUCUACACCUCAUGGAGAGCCUGGAUCUCUGGAAGUCUGCUCUUCUCCUCUGGGACUGGAGGAUGGCCGAGUGCACUAUGGUCAGCUGACUGCCUCAUCAUCCAGAGAGAAUAACCCAGCUGACACAGGCCGCCUCAACAUUGUCCCUAAUGUCUUAGUGAUGGAACCAGGCUGGAGCCCUUUACCAGGAGACCCCCAGCCCUACUUCCAAGUGGAUUUUCUGGAGCCCACCUGGAUAUCAGGGAUAAUCACUCAGGGCAGUGAGCGCAUGUGGGGCUACCUCUCCAAGUACCAACUGGCGUUCGCUCUAUCUGAGAGCCACUUCACAGACUUCACUGAGACUGGGGACAAGGGUUCAGUACCAAAGGUCUUUGAGGUGAGGAUGGUUGGCAGGACACCAAUCACACGCUGGCUGGGCAGAUUAGUGAGAGCCCGUUACCUGCGUAUCAUACCAGUACAAUACCGCCACACCUUCUAUCUCCGGGUAGAGAUUCUAGGCUGCAGAGGAGAAGAAUUAGUCACUCCUGGCACUGCUAAAGUGACCACAACGCCUUCUGGUGCUGGCGUAGUGACACCGAGUCCCUGUGAACUGGGUCAGUUUGCCUGUAUAAGUGGACAGUGUGUGCCUGUGGCAGCUGUCUGUGACGGCAGGCAUGAUUGUGCAGAUCAUUCAGAUGAACUACGCUGUGGCACAGUUACCACUCCAGGAUUACCAGGUUUAUGGAAUCACACUGUACCAUCAGGAAGUCCUGGAUAUAGGAACUACACAACAGGAUCUCCAGGAGUGCGCACCAAGAGUCCACAAGAUGGCAGUCCAGGAGUGGCGAGUGUUUCACCCAUUGUUCCUAGUAUACCAACUGGACAGCCAGGUCCCAUCACACUCUCUCCACUUACACCGACACGUCGCCCCCCAAGUCCAUGCUCUGCCAAACAGUUCACAUGCGGCAGUGGAGAGUGUGUGCGUCUGGACAAGAAGUGUGAUCUCCACAAAGACUGUGCUGAUGGCUCAGAUGAGAAAAACUGUGUGGACUGUGUGAUGUCUGUGUGGACAGCAUGGAGUCAGUGCAGCAUGUCAUGUGGUUUGGGUUCUCUGUUCCGGCAGCGUAAGAUCCUGAGAGAAUCUCGAUCGGGGGGCACCUGUGGAGCAGCACAGUUUGACAGCAGAGCCUGCUUCCUUCAAGCCUGUCCUGUGGAUGGACAGUGGGCUGAGUGGAGUGUGUGGUCAAAGUGUGAUGCUGAAUGUGGUGGUGGUGUGAAGAUAAGGAAUAGAUCUUGCUCAAACCCUCCACCCAAAAAUGGAGGGAAAGAGUGUGAGGGGAUGACCAUACAGACUCAAAGCUGCAACACACACCAAUGUGGAACUGGAACAGACACACAGACAGGCUGCACUAAUGGCCUAGUGCUGGUCACAGACGCCGACUGUGCAGCAGGUAGAGUGGAGCCGUGCCCUUUGACCUGCUCAGACCUUAACUCCGAGAGUAAUUGCUCUUCCAACUGUAUAACAGGGUGUCGUUGUCCAAUUGGGUUGUUCCUCCAAGAUGGCCGAUGUGUCAACGUGAGCAAAUGUGCAUGCUUAUGGGAAGGGUCAUUACUUCAACCGGAAGACGAGGUCAUCAUAGACAACUGUACAUUUUGCGUGUGUCUAGAUGGCCACGUCUCCUGUGACAACUCCAGUUGUAUCCCCAAAUGCGACUGGUCAGCCUGGUCUUCCUGGACCUCAUGUGACAGCAGCUGUGGAAUCGGCAUUCAGCAGCGCUUUAGAUCAGCUCUGAAUCCUUCAGAAGCAGUGAAUGUAGAGCCAUGUGCUGGAGACUCUACAGAGGCACGCCAAUGCUACACACCCUGCCCACCAGGAGCUCCAUGGAAUGAGUGGUCUUCAUGGUCAGAGUGCAGUAAAACAUGUUUCUAUCAUGUGGAUGCUGUGGGACUUAGACGCCGCUUUAGGAGCUGUAAUCACACUGACUCCACCUCCUGCUUUGGAGAUGGGGAAGAACAAGAGCCCUGUAACACCGUACACUGUCCAGUACAUGGUGGUUGGUCAGCAUGGUCUGCAUGGUCUGUGUGCUCUUCCGAGUGCGAUUCAGGGGUUCAGACUCGAGAACGUUUCUGUAGUUCUCCUCCACCUUUGUAUGGCGGCGGCAGCUGUGUGGGACCUCACAUACAAACUCGAGACUGCAACUCUCAGCCCUGCACAGAGGUGUGUCCAAUCAGUAUGACCUACUUGACCAAAGAGCAGUGUCAGGUGCAGGGAGGAGCGUGUCCACGUGUGUGCCUCGAUGCUAUGACUACGGUGGAGUGUGCCACAGAGUGCUAUGAUGGCUGUUACUGCUCCCUAGGGUACUACCUGUUCAAUAACUCCUGUGUACUUCUGAGCCACUGUCCCUGCUACCACCAGGGGGUGCUCUAUGCACAGGGGGCCAGUGUAAAAUAUGAUGCCUGCAACAACUGCACUUGCAUUAAUGGAGAGAUGCAGUGUGGCACAGCUCCCUGUCCUGUUGAUUGUGGUUGGAGUGAAUGGACCUCCUGGAGUGCCUGCAGCAGAACAUGUGACGUUGGAAUCAGGAGGAGGUACCGUUCAGGCACCAAUCCUCUACCAGCAUUUGGUGGCCUUCCUUGUGUUGGUGACCGUGCUGAGCUAGACACCUGUAGCAUCUAUCCUUGUAGUGGUGCAAAGGGUCCAUGGAGUGCAUGGUCUGAGUGCUCGGUGCCCUGUGGUGGUGGAUACAGGAACAGAACACGAGGUCCAAUCAGGUCUCACGGCACACCACAGCAGUUUAGCGCCUGCAACAUGCACCCUUGCAGUGAUGGCAGUGGCUGUGCUGGUGGUCAGGAAUGGACGGCAUGUGUGAGAAAGGAGCUACUCUGCUCUGAUCUGGGGAUAGAGACUGAAGUGAACUCUACCUGUUCACCAGGAUGUCAGUGCCCACAGGGUUCCGCUCUACAGGAUGGGAGGUGUGUGUCUUUGCCACUGUGUCGCUGUGAUGUCGAUGGUGAACAGCAGGAACCUGGAGCUGUGGUCACUAAAGACUGCAGCAACUGCACUUGUGAAUCAGGAAAACUGAUAAACUGCACCCAAGUAGAGUGCAAUGUGGAUGGUGGCUGGUCAGCCUGGACUCCUUGGAGUGUGUGUUCUGUUUCUUGUGGUGCCGGCCUGCAGUCACGCUAUCGUUUUUGUUCCAAUCCUGAACGUGCCGGUGCUGGAAUGCCGUGCCUGGGCCCAGACCGCCAGGAUCAAGCAUGUGUCCAGAAAGCAUGCAGCCGUAGUGGAGGAUGGAGCGAGUGGACAUCCUGGACAGAGUGUAGCAAGUCAUGUGGAGGGGGUGUGCGCAGUCGUCACCGUAAAUGUGACAGCCCAGUCACUGAGGGAGAAGGAGAUUUCUGUGAGGGCCUAAAAACUGAAAUUGUGGCCUGUAACAUAGAGCACUGUCCAGUGCCUCAGUGCGCAGAUAUUUCAGGCACUGUGUUCAGUAGCUGUGGACCCUCAUGUCCCCGAACCUGUGAUGAACUGACUCACUGUGAGUGGCGUUGUGAGCCUGGCUGUUACUGCAUUGAUGACAAAGUGUUGAAUGUUAACGGUACAGCCUGCGUAGAGAGAGAGCAGUGUCCCUGCCUGGACCUGUCCAGCGGGCAGCGUGUUGAGCCUGGAGAGACAGUUCUCACACAUGACGGUUGCAAUAACUGUACCUGUGUUGGAGGACAGCUCAAUUGUAGCAACAACCCCUGUCCAGUUGAUGGAGGCUGGUGUGAGUGGUCAAGCUGGACACCAUGCUCUAAGACGUGUGGUGCUGAGUGGGUCUCUCGCUACAGGAGCUGUGCUUGUCCUGUCCUAGUGGCAGGAGGGGCAGAGUGUCCAGGCCAACAAGAGGAACACCAGGGCCUUGGAGUACAGAUAGAAAAACAACCCUGUCCUUCAAUCACCUUUUGUCCAGUCAAUGGUUCGUGGGGAUUCUGGAGUAAAUGGUCAGAGUGUGAUGCCUGUGCGGGGAAGUCUGUCCGGAAACGAGAGUGUAACAGCCCUCCCGCUAGAUUUGGAGGUCUGCCAUGCCACGGCGAGUCCAUACAAAGUCGUGGUUGCCAUGACAACGAAACCGUCUGCUCAGACUGCGGAGGUAAACAGGAGGAGUGGCCUUGUGGGAAACCGUGCCCUCGCUCAUGUGAAGAUCUUCAUAGUGACACUGAGUGUAUAGACACACCAGGGUGCAGUCUGACCUGUGGUUGCCCAGGUGACAUGGUUUUGCAGGAUGGCGUGUGUGUGGACAGAGAUGAGUGCCGGUGUAAAUUCCACAACAGCACUACUGUACAUUUUAAUAUCACAAACACCGCAUGGGAGUGGCCAGGCAGGGCAGACUGGCAGUAUGCAAACUCGGGAGAGAGCAUCAUCACAGACUGCAACAACUGCACAUGUGAAGCUGGUGUCCUGCACUGUGAUUCACUUCCUGGUUGUAUUGUUGAUGGUGGGUGGAGCCAAUGGGGGCUAUGGUCUGAAUGUUCAGCCCCAUGUGGAAGUGGGGUCAAGCUGCGGACUCGUCAGUGUAAUAACCCUUCUCCUCAGGGAGGUGGGAGAGCGUGCAGUGGUGAUGGUGAGCAGCAGAAGGAGUGUAACAGUCAUGCCUGCACAGAUUCUGGGAUGUGGUACGACUGGUCGGCAUGGUCCAUGUGUUCUGUUACUUGUGGAGGAGGAGAACAGAAGCGUACUCGUUCCUGCCGCACUCCUCCAUGCACAGGCAUGACACGGCAGAGCAAGACCUGCAACACGCAAGUGUGUCUGGAGGUGGGCUGCCCUCCGGGUCGUCUGUACCGGGAGUGUGAGAGAGGCGAGGGCUGUCCGUUCAACUGUGCUCAGCUCAGUGGGCUUGAAGGCUGUUACUCUGAGGGAUGUGAAGAGGGAUGUCACUGUCCACCCAACACCUACCAGCACCAUGGAGCCUGCAUGCAGGAAUGUCCAUGCCAAGUGGACAACAAGCUCUUGACCUCACUUCAAAGAGUAUCUUUGACCCCAGAGUUAACCCCAGAUCUUUACAACAUUACCAUGGGAACAGAGCUCAGGUCUGGAGAAGAGCUGAUGCAUGAAUGUAGCUCCUGCCUGUGUGAGCACGGCUUUUGGAACUGUUCACUAGUGCCGUGUCCUCGUGAUGGUGGUCUGAGUCCUUGGGGUCCCUGGGGUCCCUGUUCACUCAGCUGUGGUGGUCUGGGGCAGAAAGUACGCAGUAGAAGCUGCACAAAUCCAAGCCCUGCUUAUGGUGGUAAAGAAUGUGUGGGAGACCUGCUGGAGACAGCAUAUUGCCAGACCCCAGAUUGUUCAGUUCUUCCUACAAUUGAACCUCCUAUAUCAGAUGAGGAUUUGGGUUUCUCCCAGUGGACAACAUGGAGUUCCUGUUCUAAAUCCUGCAAUGAAGCAGGCCACCCUGCGGUCAAGUUUCGUCAAAGAGAGUGUAUCAAAGCACCAUGCACAGGACAAAACAGACAACGAAAAGUCUGCAACCUCCCUCAGUGUCCUGAUGGUGGAGUGUGUGUGGAUGAGUCAUGUACCCAUAGAAACUGCUCGUGGACAGAGUGGGGGGAGUGGAGCGUGUGUUCAAGAUCUUGUGGUGUUGGUCAGCAGCAGCGCUUCCGCAGCUUUAUUGCUCCUGGGAUUAACGGAACCUGGUGUUCAGGCAUCAUUGAUGGCAAUGUGGAGAACCGUUUCUGCAACAUCCGCGCCUGCCGAGUGGAUGGGAGCUGGUCUCGCUGGAGUCCAUGGUCACACUGUGAUAAGUCUUGUGGGGGUGGUCGCUCUAUUCGCACUCGUUCCUGCUCCAGCCCUCCACCCAAAAAUGGUGGACUUAAAUGUCUUGGAGAGAAGAACCAGGUCAAACCCUGCAACACCAAACCAUGUGAUGCGCACGGAUGCCCACAGGGUCAGGAUUUUGUUCCCUGUGCCAAUAAGUGCCCUCAGCGUUGCUCCGACCUACAGCAAGACAUUCAGUGCCAGGACAAUACUGUGUGCCAGCCAGGCUGCCGCUGCCCUCAGGGUGAGCUGCAGCAGGAUGGAGUGUGCGUGAAGCUGUGGCAGUGUGAUUGUGUAGAUGCACUCGGGCACAGUUGGGCUGCAGGCAGCCAGCACCAAGUUGACUGCAACAACUGCAGCUGCGCAGACGGAGUGCUUUCCUGCACCAACUUCACCUGUAAAGGAAAGACCAGCUGCUCCUGGAGCUCAUGGUCCAGCUGGGCCUCCUGCAGUGUUAGCUGUGGGGCAGGACAUAGAACACGCUUCAGGUCACUGAUUCCAGAUGCUCCUGAUGCUGACUGUCAGUUCGAGGAAGUUCAACGCAAGCCAUGUGACCCAGGUCCCUGCCCUCCCUUGUGUCUCCAUGGCAAUCAGUCGCUGUUUGUUGGUGACACAUGGUUAGAAGGGGAAUGUAAACAAUGCACAUGCAUUCCAGAAGGAGAAUAUUGCCAGGAUAUUUACUGCAGAGUGGAUGGAGGAUGGACUCCGUGGUCUGUCUGGUCUGACUGUUCUGCGACAUGCGGUCAAGGAAAUCAGAUCCGCACUCGGGCCUGUAUAAACCCUCCACCUCGGAACAAUGGCACUCACUGUCCUGGGGCAGAGAGAGUAACACAGCGCUGCCAUAAUGCUCCCUGUCUUGAUGAUCUGUGUCCAUGGUCCAGCUGGUCUUCAUGCUCACGAAGCUGUGGCGCUGGAGUGGUGUCCAGGCGUAGGCAUUGUUUGUGUGAAGAGGCAGGUGAUAAUGCCUGCCCCGUUUCCAUAGAGACAGACAGACACAGCGAGGAGACUCGCCUGUGUUACAAGAGGCCAUGCCCAGACUGUCCCAUGUCUGAGUGGAGUGAGUGGACACUGUGUUCCUGUGUGUCUCAGUGGCAGCAGCGCUAUCGCAUGCCACUGUCUCUGGCCUCCAGGGUGCAGCAAUGCACAGGGAUUGAAAAGCAAAGCAGAACCUGCACACCUCAAAACUGUCAGGAAUGUAUGGAACCGUUCCAGCCGGACUGUGGUUCUCCAUGUGAGAAGCAGUGCGCAUUGCAAGGGCAGGCGAACGCAUGCGCAGGGCAGUCAGGGUGUACAGACGGCUGCUACUGCCCUCAGGGUCUACUGCAACAGAAUGGGACAUGUGUGCCUCCAGAACAGUGUGGCUGUGUUCACCUCGUCCAUCAGGACACAGGUUCACCUAUCAUUAUCACUGUCCCACAGGGCGGAGUUCUCAGUAUUGACUGUAGCACAUGUUUAUGCCAUAAUGGGUCGUUGCAGUGUGAUACUCGAGAAUGUGAAGUGUUUCUCAGUGAGUGGUCAGAGUGGACCCCAUGUUCUCCAUGUGUUCCUUCCUCUUCACUCAUCCACUCUGACUCUCCCAUUGGUGAUGGUGAAGUUUUUGGCGGAGGCCUAGUAAUGCCUGAAUCAGCUCUGGUGUCAGUUCAGAGACGUUACCGAACUUGUCUGGAUGUGGACACUGGGUUGCCUGUGAGUGAGAGCGAAGGGGAAUGCUCCAAACCCCUUCAGGAGGAGAGAAUCUGCCCCCAAUCUGACGUGUGCAAAGACCCAUGUCAGUGGAGUGUGUGGGGGUCAUGGAGUGUUUGUCAGGAGCCAUGUAGUGGAGGAUUCCGUCAGCGUGAAAGAACAGCCCUGGCAACAUACCUUGGACCACAAUGUACAAGACGGCAAAGCCAAUCACAGAGCUGCAACACCGGCCUCUGUCCAAGUGAGCGCUGUGAAGAUAGAGGGCGGGUCUAUGAGGAUUCCUGUGCCAAUCAGUGUCCUCGUAGUUGUACUGAUCUUUGGGAGCAUGUGCAGUGUCUGCAGGGGGUCUGCCACCCAGGUUGUAGGUGUCCUGAUGGGUGGUUGCUGCAGGACAAGGAGUGUGUGAGAGUGUCAGCAUGUCGCUGUGGGCUUCCUACAGAGAAUAGCACACUUGAGUUUACACCUGGAGAGAAUAUCACUGUCGAGUGCAACACCUGUGUGUGUGUGAAUGGGUCACUGGUGUGUACGGACCAGCCCUGCCCCAUAUAUGGGCCAUGGGGUUCCUGGAGUGAGUGCUCGGUGUCAUGUGGGACAGGACAAAGAACACGAACACGUUCCUGUGCACACACACCCGGUGGCCCAAGCUGUGAAGAGACCGCUCAGAUCCAGAACUGCACGUUGCUUGCAUGUCCAGCUGACUGUGUGCUAAGUGAGUGGUCCUCCUGGAGUGAAUGCAGCGAAUCUUGUAAUGGAGGAGUGUCAGUGCGCAGGAAGACUAUUCUACAGAUGCCCGAGCCUGGUGGAGUGGUCUGCUCGACUCCUAUUGAGCAGCACACUGCCUGCAACACCAACAGCUGUCUGCCUGAGUGUCCUCUGGGUCAGGUGUUCAGCCUAUGUGCAGGUUCAUGCCCGUUCUCCUGCCAGGAUUUGUGGCCUGAGAGCCAGUGUGUACCAGGACCCUGCACCCCAGGCUGCGCUUGCCCCAAUGGCAUGGUUAUGCUUAAUGGAUCGUGCAUUCCCUAUUCUGAGUGCCCUUGUUCACCACUGUCUCUGCCGCUGGGGUUGGCCAAUGUCACACUGGACCCCCUGCAGGAAGAGUUUUCCCCUGGAACCAUUAUACCACAUCUCUGCAAUGCCUGUGUUUGUGAAAAUGGAAUAUUCAACUGUACGGCGGAGUCAUGUGACAUGGACUGUGAAUGGAGCAGCUGGUCCGGGUGGAGCUCUUGUCCAGUGUCGUGUGGCUCUGGAGUGCAGAGUUCUAGUCGCGUUGUAGUGCAGCCCCGGCAGUAUGGAGGACGUGAAUGUGAAGGCCCCAGUCACAGAAGCAGAGUGUGUACAGGUCCUGACUGUGUGUGUCCAGAGGGAGAACGUUGGAGACGGAGCACAUCUGAGUCAGAGCGCGUGUGUGAAAGAGGGUGUGUGGAUAUGUACAGUGCUGAACCAUUGAACUGCACUGAAGUGAGCAGGCUCUCUGAGGGCUGCGUGUGUGAGGAUGGGAGUUAUCGUGACGCAGACGGCCGGUGUGUGAUUCCUGCUCUGUGUCAGUGCGAGGCGGAGGACGGCAUACUGCGAGAGCCUGGCUCUGAGUGGGAAGAAGCAUGCCAAACUUGUCGCUGUGUAAAUGGCCUAAAGCAGUGUAAAGCCAGCUGCCCUCCACUUCUGUGUGACGAGGGUGAAGUCAAAGUGCUGGAGGAUGGAAAGUGUUGCCCUGUCUGCAGGAAAGAGUACAUAGAAGAUCCAUGUCAUCGCCACACUGAGAUCAGGAACAUUACCAAGGGUGAUUGCCACCUGGACAAUGUAGAGGUCAGCUUCUGCAGGGGGCGCUGUUUGUCUGGAACCGAUGUUAUUCUAGAGGAGCCCUACCUACAAGCCGUGUGUGACUGCUGUAGUUACAGGCUGGACCCCCAGACUCCUGUGCUCUUCCUCAGCCUGCACUGUUCCAGUGGUGAAAGUGAGCCCGUGGUGCUGCCCGUCAUACAGAGUUGCGAGUGUACCAGCUGUCAGGGUGGAGAUCUGGCCAAACGUUAAACAUUUUUGGAACAACUGACAGCUUGGGAAAAGAAAGAAAUAAAAAUCACCCAAACACCCUCAGUAUAUUUUGAAGUAGCUUGUAGUCAUUAUAUGACUGAAAACUUUUUAUAUAGUACUUUCUGAAGCUCUCAGAUAACUGUACAGGUUUUAAAUUAUGGCUUUUAUAUCCUAAUGUCUUUUAUGUCUUUUGGUCUCUGUCUCUCUCUGUCAAACACACACACACACACCCACACACAAAUGCACACACAGUACACUGCAUACUUAAAAAAUUUAUUACAUCUGUUAUAUUUAAAUACUUACUGUUAAAUGUUGCAGUGAAACCUAAUGCUCUCAGUGCUCUGUAUUAUGACCAAAGAUAUUCCUGUUCUUCUUUUAAAAUGGAAAAAAAAGCAUUUUUCAUUUGUAUUUGUAUUUUUUUUUUUUUACGUUUUCAAUUCCAGCAUAUCUAUUUAAA